AUGGAGUCGAGGAAGCCGCAGCGCUCCGCUCUCGUCGACAGCUAUGUGGUCCCCGGCGACGUCAUCCUGGACCUCGCCGAUAUGACCAACCAGACCAUCAAGCUCGGCGCCGGUCUGCGCCAGGAUUGUGACACUAUCCAGGCAACUAGUGCUGGGAGGCUUCGACUGUCCAAGCCCAACAAGUACUGGGUGGAGAACUCCCAGAAGAGGCUAUUCAUACAAUGCUUGUUGUUUUUUUGGCAGUAUGUACCUUCUGUAGAAGACACGGUUCUUGGUAUCGUAGUUGACACCAAACCAGAUAACUUCUUGGUGGACAUAAAGGGGCCUAAUUUGGCCUUUUUACCAGUUCUCUCAUUUGAAGGUGGUACAAGGAGGAACAUACCAAAGUUUGAGAUUGGUACAUUAAUAUAUGCCAGAGUGGUGAAAGCAAAUAGCAUUAUGAAUCCAGAGCUUUCAUGCAUGGAUGCAAGUGGAAAAGCUGCUGAAUUUGGUCAACUGAAAAGUGGUUAUACGUUUGAAACAUCAACUGGCCUGGCAAGAAUGCUUUUAAGUUCCCCAACAUGUCCACUUCUAGAGGCCCUUGGGAAAAAACUAUCAUUUGAGAUAGCUGUUGGACUGAAUGGUCGAGUAUGGGUGAAUGCUCCUUCGCCAAGUAAUGUCAUUGUUGUAUCAAGUGCAAUUAAAGAAUCAGAAUCUUAUAGUCGCUUACAACAAAAAACCAUGGUGGAAAAACUCCUGGCUAAACUGUCAUGA